AUGAAUUUCAAACUGGAAGAAAUUACAGGACAGUUUCAAACACUGUCACAAGAAUUACAAGAACUCCGAGAAUCAAAAGGUGUUGUUGAACAGGAUUUAACAAGAUUGAAAGAAGAAAUUCGUCGACUCAAUGAAGAUUUAGAACAAGUAGCUCAAUCACCAGCAAUCAAACUAAAUACGAAACAGAGUGAUCAAAUCGUAUGGCAACGCAUGAUAUAUGCCGAGGAAAACUCUGUAAAUCUUGUUAAUCAAACGCGUCAAACAAAACCAAUAGGUGAGUACCAAUAG